AACAGUAACAGUGCAGAUUCGGAACUUGUGUGGGCCACACGCACAGGGAAGGACAGAAUUACUGCCAUUGCUCACGAAAUCGACUACUCCUCCCUUCCACCUUCUCUUCGACGUCGGGCAAAACCGAGCGGGGAUCGAUCUAUCAAUCGACGCUUUGUGGGCACCUCGGAUGGUAGGAUCAUCAUCCUGGACGUUACUUCUGGUUACGAAGUCGCUGUUCAUCAAGUUCACAGGCCAUCCAUUGCUGUUAUGGCGAUCUCUCUAUUACCUGGAAACCAGUCUUGCCUUUCUUGUGGAGCUGAUGGUCGAAUGAUGUACGUCAUUUUGGGUUCUGGUGUCUGA